GUCACCUUUGAAAUACACAAAGAAAACCUUGCCAAUAUAUUUAGGGAACAGCAGGGAAAAGUUGAUGAAGACAUAGGGCUGUGUUCUUCAAGUCCAGUUCAAGCAGUCUCUGGCAUUAGCAGGGAUGUUAAUGUUUCAGAAGGGUCUCAGCAGUCAGAUAUGAAGGAUUCUCCUGUUUGUCCUCAUUUCACCAGAAAUAGUGAUGAAAACUCAAGUAUUGAGAAGGCAAGUUCAGUAGAAUCUGCGUCCAAUAUUGAACUGCAAACUCAAAAUAUAUCUAAUGAAGGAAGGAACACUGAGCAAGAAAAUCAGGAGUUACUGGAUGAAGUCACUUUGGAAGAAACAGUGACAAUUGAGACAAUGAAUGCAGGUGAUUUGGAAGUGUCUUCUGACAUAAUAGAAACUGUGACUAUUUCCUCUACUUCUUUUAAAACAACUGGCAAAGAUACAGUGACCAUCAGUGAAGUAGCUGCUUCCGUAAGUUCUCCUUCAGAGGAGGAUGCUUCAGAGAUGCCAGAGUUGUUGGACAAGUCUAUAGUUGAGGAAGAGGAAGAUGAUGAUUAUGUGGAGCUGAAGGUAGAAAGUGGUCCGACUGAGGAAGCCAGUCUACCCGUAGAGCUCCAAGAUGAUAAUUUGUCUCCAACUGCUUCUGAAGCCAGUGAAAGACUGGACAUGUUUAAUAGUAAUCACAAAUUAAUAUUUGAAGAGGAAGAACCUGUCAUUAAAAAGCAAACUGAUACUGAAACUCAAGAUUCUAAAGAUUCUGCAAUACUGACUAUGACAGCAUCAGAGACUUCAGCUCCCUCACCAGAAAUUACUGUUUCCCAAACAACUGUACAGUCAGACACUGGUCAGAUGCUGGAAGAAGGGAAGAAAAUAACUAGUCUUACUAGAGAAACCAAAUUAAUUAGUGAUUCUCAUGGUAAUAUCUUCGAGGCUCCUGCUACUUCUGAGCAAAAGAUUGCCAAGUUGGAUGUUUCCAGUGUUGCCACAGAUACUGAGAGACUGGAAUUGAAGGCCAGUACAAACAUGGAAGCACCUCAACCUCAUCGACAUGUGCUUGAGAUGUCAAGGCAACAGGAGCAGCCAGGGCAAGAAAUAGCACCAGACGCAGCUAAUGGACAAAGGAGGGAUUCCAGAUCUACUAUGUUUCGUAUUCCUGAGUUCAAGUGGUCUCAAAUGCAUCAACGUUUGCUCACCGAUCUAUUAUUUUCAAUAGAAACAGACAUACAGAUGUGGAGAAGCCAUUCAACAAAGACAGUAAUGGACUUCGUGAAUAGCAGUGAUAAUGUCAUCUUUGUACACAAUACAAUUCAUCUCAUCUCUCAAGUGAUGGACAAUAUGGUCAUGGCUUGUGGGGGUAUACUGCCAUUGCUUUCAGCUGCUACAUCGGCUACACAUGAGCUGGAAAAUAUUGAACCUACUCAAGGCCUUUCAAUAGAGGCCUCUGUGACAUUUUUGCAGAGGCUAAUUAGCCUUGUGGAUGUGCUUAUAUUUGCAAGUUCUCUUGGCUUUACUGAAAUUGAAGCUGAAAAAAAUAUGUCGUCUGGAGGAAUUUUGCGACAGUGUCUCCGACUGGUGUGUGCAGUGGCUGUAAGGAAUUGCUUAGAAUGUCAACAGCAUUCACAACUGAAAACUAGGGGAGAUACUACAAAAGGCUUGAAAACAAUACACAGUCUGAUUCCCAGUGGGAAAUCUGCAGCAAAGAGUCCAGUGGACAUUGUGACUGGUGGUAUAUCUCCAGUGAGAGAUCUUGAUAGACUCCUACAAGACAUGGAUAUUAAUCGGCUUAGGGCAGUUGUUUUCAGAGACAUAGAGGAUAGCAAACAAGCUCAGUUCUUAGCCUUGGCAGUUGUAUACUUUAUCUCUGUUCUUAUGGUCUCAAAAUACAGAGAUAUUUUGGAACCCCAAAAUGAAAGGCGUAGUCAAUCACUUAAGGAAACUGUCAGUGAAAGUGGGAAUGUAUCUCUCCCUGAUGUAGAAGACACACCAGUAGCAUUCAGCCCUUUAACUCUGGCUUCAGUGGAAGAAUCUGAAAGUACAUCAUCUACUCGAAGAAGGGACUCGGGCAUUGGGGAAGAAACAGCUACUUGUUUAGGAAGCAGUGUGGAUGCAACUCCUCAUACAGCACCUGCAAGUGUCAGUGCAGGCCCAGAUGCAAUUAGUGAGGUGCUGUGCACUCUUUCUUUAGAAGUCAAUAAAUCUCAGGAAACUAAAAACGAUGGAGGAAAUGAAUUGGAUAACAAGGUGACACCAUCAGUUCCAGUUUCAAAAAAUGUCAAUGUGAAGGACAUUCUCCGCAGCUUGGUUAACAUACCAGCAGAUGGAGUCACAAUGGAUCCUCCCCUUCUGCCACCACCCUGCCUGGGAGCUCUUGGUGACCUGUCUGUUGAACAACCUGUGCAGUUCAGAUCUUUUGACAGAAGUGUUGUCAUCGCAACAAAAAAAUCAGCAGUCCUACCUUCCACACUUACCACAAAUAUACCUAUCAAUGCAGUCAGUGUGGUUUCUUCAGUAGAUUCAGCCCAAGCCCCAGAUGUGGGAGGAGAAUCACCAGGCAGUAGAUCAUCUAAUGCAAAAUUGCCCUCAGUUCCAACAGUUGGUUCAGUUCCACAAGACCCAGUUUCAAAUAUGAGUAUUACAGAGAGGCUUGAACAUGCUUUGGAAAAGGCAGCUCCUCUCCUGCGAGAGAUUUUUGUGGAUUUUGCACCAUUUCUUUCUCGGACACUUUUGGGUAGCCAUGGACAAGAAUUGCUUAUAGAGGGAACAAGUCUGGUUUGCAUGAAGUCUAGUAGCUCAGUUGUGGAAUUGGUUAUGCUACUGUGUUCUCAGGAGUGGCAGAAUUCUAUUCAGAAGAAUGCAGGCCUUGCUUUUAUUGAACUUGUCAAUGAAGGAAGGUUGCUUAGCCAAACAAUGAAGGAUCAUCUAGUAAGAGUAGCAAAUGAAGCUGAAUUUAUCCUGAGCAGGCAGAGGGCGGAGGAUAUUCACAGACAUGCAGAAUUUGAGUCACUGUGUGCCCAGUAUUCUGCAGACAAACGGGAAGAUGAGAAGAUGUGUGAUCAUUUGAUAAGAGCAGCUAAAUAUCGAGAUCAUGUGACAGCAACUCAGCUAAUCCAGAAAAUUAUCAACAUUCUCACAGACAAGCAUGGAGCCUGGGGAAAUUCUGCAGUAAGUCGUCCUCGUGAGUUCUGGCGCCUUGACUACUGGGAAGAUGACUUGCGGCGCCGGCGACGAUUUGUGCGUAACCCUCUAGGAUCGACACAUCCUGAAGCGACACUAAAAACAGCCGUGGAACAUGCUGCAGAUGAAGAUAUCCUUGCUAAAGGGAAACAGUCCAUCAAGAGUCAGGCUUUAGGAAAUCAGAACUCAGAAAACGAGAUCCUCCUAGAAGCCGACGACGAUACUCUGUCAUCCGUGGAUGAGAAAGAUUUAGAGAAUCCUGCCGGUCCUGUUAGCCUGAGCACACCAGCUCAAUUUGUGGCCCCCUCUGUUGUGGUAAAGGGCACUCUUUCUGUCACUUCCUCUGAACUCUAUUUUGAGGUGGAUGAAGAAGAUCCUCACUUCAAGAAAAUCGACCCCAAGAUACUGGCAUACACAGAAGGCCUGCAUGGAAAAUGGCUAUUCACAGAGAUACGAUCAAUCUUUUCCCGUCGUUAUCUUUUGCAAAAUACAGCGCUGGAGAUCUUUAUGGCAAACAGAGUUGCUGUAAUGUUCAACUUCCCAGACCCUGCAACAGUAAAGAAAGUGGUUAACUAUCUACCUCGUGUUGGUAUUGGAACGAGCUUUGGAUUGCCUCAAACCAGGCAUAUUUCAUUAGCUAGUCCUCGUCAACUUUUUAAAGCUUCUAAUAUGACCCAGAGAUGGCAACACAGAGAAAUUUCAAAUUUUGAGUACCUGAUGUUUCUCAACACAAUAGCAGGACGGAGUUACAAUGACUUAAAUCAAUAUCCAGUAUUUCCCUGGGUUAUUACUAAUUAUGAAUCAGACGAACUGGAUCUUACCUUGCCAAGCAACUUCAGAGAUUUGUCCAAGCCAAUAGGAGCUUUGAAUCCAAAAAGAGCAGCAUUUUUUGCAGAGCGGUAUGAAUCAUGGGAAGAUGACCAAGUACCAAAGUUUCACUAUGGUACUCAUUACUCAACUGCAAGUUUUGUUCUUGCAUGGCUGCUAAGAAUAGAACCCUUUACAACUUAUUUCCUAAAUUUGCAAGGAGGGAAAUUUGAUCAUGCAGAUCGAACUUUUUCAUCAAUUUCCAGAGUUUGGCGAAACAGUCAACGUGAUACAUCUGAUAUUAAGGAGUUGAUCCCUGAAUUUUAUUAUCUCCCUGAGAUGUUUGUCAACUUCAAUAAUUAUAAUCUCGGAGUGAUGGAUGAUGGGACAGUAGUGUCUGAUGUCGAACUUCCUCCUUGGGCCAAAACCUCAGAAGAAUUUGUUCGCAUAAACAGAAUGGCCCUGGAGAGUGAAUUUGUUUCCUGCCAGCUUCACCAAUGGAUUGAUCUUAUUUUUGGCUAUAAACAGCAGGGACCAGAGGCUGUCCGAGCCCUCAAUGUGUUCUAUUACCUGACCUAUGAAGGAGCUGUCAAUCUGAAUUCAAUAACUGAUCCUGUGUUGAGAGAGGCUGUUGAAGCUCAAAUCCGAAGUUUUGGACAGACGCCUUCUCAACUACUCAUAGAGCCCCAUCCUCCCAGAGGUUCUGCCAUGCAAGUGAGUCCAUUGAUGUUCACAGACCAAGCCCAGCAGGAUGUUAUCAUGGUCCUAAAGUUUCCCUCCAACUCCCCUGUCACUCACGUGGCAGCCAACACCCAGCCUGGUGUGGCAACUCCUGCUGUGAUCACAGUCACUGCUAACAGGCUGUUUGCCGUGAAUAAGUGGCACAACCUUCCUGCUCAUCAAGGUGCUGUACAAGACCAGCCAUACCAGCUGCCAGUGGAAAUCGAUCCUCUCAUAGCCAGCAAUACAGGAAUGCACAGGAGGCAAAUCACUGACCUUUUAGACCAGAGUAUUCGAGUCCAUUCCCAGUGCUUUGUCAUCACUUCAGACAACCGCUAUAUUCUCAUCUGUGGCUUCUGGGAUAAGAGUUUCCGAGUCUAUUCUACAGACACAGGAAAAUUGAUCCAAGUGGUGUUUGGCCAUUGGGAUGUUGUCACUUGCCUCACUCGUUCUGAGUCAUAUAUUGGGGGAAAUUGCUACAUUCUCUCAGGGUCACGCGAUGCAACCCUUCUGCUGUGGUACUGGAAUGGGAGAAGCAGUGGGAUUGGAGAUAACCCAGGCAAAUUCAUCAAGUGGGAUUUUGAAGCAGUAUGUUGGCAGUGUUCAAGUUCAGGUGACAUUAAAAGUAUGUCUAUGAAAUUCUCCAGAAGGUCCAGGAUGUUUAGUGCUCCAUGA